AUGAUAAGGAAAGCCGCAAGAAGAACAAUGGAUGGAAUAUUUGCUGUUAAUAAGCCUUCGGGGGUUUCCUCUAACAAGAUGAUUCUUGAAUUACAGAACAUAUUUAGUAACUCCAAAGUAUUUCAAGAGGACUUAAAAGAAGCCAAGCAAAAGUUGAGAUCUGACUUGAGUAGAGACAAGAAAUGGACUCCUAACAGAAUUGACAAAAAGGUGAAUCAAUUAAAAGUAAAAAUUGGUCAUGGUGGUACUUUAGACCCAUUGGCAUCGGGAGUUUUAGUCAUUGGUGUUGGAAAGGGCACCAAAAAGUUACAAUACUAUUUAUCGGGGUGCAACAAAUCAUAUGAAACGAAAGCAUUGUUAGGAAUUUCGACUACCACUGGUGAUUCUGAAGGUGAAAUUAUAACGAAAAAUCAAAUUUCACAUAUUACUAAAGCUAUGAUUAAAGAAACAGGAGAAAAGUUCGUUGGUGCUUUAACUCAAACACCCCCAAUAUUCUCAGCGCUUAAAAUGAAUGGAAAGCCUUUGUAUGACUAUGCCAGAGAAGGUCUUCCUUUACCGAAGCCAAUCAAGCCUAGAGAAGUGACCGUGGCUUCUAUUGAAGUCCACGAACAAGAUUCACUCCUGAUAGACCAUAUUUUUAAGACACUUGAGAGUCAAUUAGACGAAGAUGGCAAACCCAAAGAACACGCGUUGGCUAAUAACCCAACAUUGAAUGAUUCCCCGUUGUAUUUUUCUAAGGAAUACUUAGAAAAAGCAGAAAGGGAAAGCUUACCAAAGUGUGUUGGUAAGCCCAGACCACUUAGUGACUCCGAGACUUUGCCAGAAGUUUUACCUAUGUUUCAUAUGACUGCAGACGUCUCCUCUGGGACAUAUAUAAGAAGUCUUGUUAGUGAUUUUGGAAGGGCUUUGGAAUCAUCGGCAUAUAUGGUGGAAUUAAUUCGGACAAAGCAAUCUGAAUGGGUCUUAGGAAAGAAUGUUUUUGACAUGAAAGACUUUACAGAACGUGACGAAAAGGUAUGGGGUGGUGUUUUGAAAAAAGUACUUGAUUAUGGGGCUGAUUUGAAUCUUUCUGAGGUUUUUUCUGAGGUUUCUGAGAACCCAAAAUUACAAUUUGAACCUGCUGCAGAUGACAAAGAAAUCAAAGAAAAUUCCAUAUUGCCUGAAAAAGAGGAAGAAGAUGUCUCCGUGCCAUUAGAGGAAUUGUUGACAAGGAAACGCAACAUUGAGGAAGUAGAAAAAUAG